AUGGAAAUAUCAUGGAAGCGUCUUACAGCUCGAAAACGCAAUCCAUUAACUGAAGAUGAAGCAAGUAACAUUAACCCGAUUAUUGAAUCAUUUUUAAAACAUGAAAUUGAGAGAUACCAGCAAAAAAAACAGCGUCAACGCCGUGAUCCUAAUUCUAUAACAAAAUUUUUGGCUAGUCUAUCUUCAGACAAAGAAUACCAUAUAACUGAGACUUCUACUGACGUGCACAGCUCUGUUGAUAUGAUCGAGCAAAAUUCAAACUCUGUAGAUUUGAAGAGCUAUUGCUUUGCAACAGAAUCUACCUUAAAAGAUAUGGAAAAAUUACUAGAUACAAAGUCCCCUGCUUUGCACAAUAAAUAUCCAAGUAUUACUUAUACUGAGCAAGAAUUCAAUGCCCGUUUAAAAGAAGAGGCUGAUGCAUUGCAUGAGAGAUUUGUUAAAGCCUCAAAGCAAAAAAUGCUAGAAAUUAGUAACGACAUAUCUCGCAAAUCUGCAAAAUUAGGUAUCGAAACAAUGAAAAGCUGGAUUCAAGAUGGAAGUAAAUAUGUUCGAAUUCGUGAACUUGAAAUAAAUGAUGGAAAAGGUUAUUCAGAUCAAAACAAUAGAGGAGCAUAG